CCCUCCUCCCCUCCGCGGGCGCGCGUCCGGCCGAGCCAGGCGGAACCCAGGCCCGCGGUGGCGUUUCCGGCGGGCAGCGUAAGGCUGGGGUCCCUGGAGUCGGCCGCCUACGGGCGCCCCGCACGGGCUGCGUCUCGCCAUGAAGUUUCGGGCUAAGCUUGUGGAUGCGGCCUGUCUGAACAACUUCACGCGAGUCAGUAACAUGAUAGCCAAGCUUGCCAAAACCUGCACUCUGCGCAUCAGCCCGGAUAAGUUGAACUUCGUCCUCUCGGACAAGGUGGCCAAUGGAGGGGUGAGCAUGUGGUGUGAGCUGGAACAGGAGAACUUCUUCAGCGAAUUUCAAAUGGAAGGUGUCUCCGCAGAAAACAAUGCGAUUUAUUUAGAGCUAACAUCGGAAAAUUUAUCUCGAGCCUUGAAAACUGCCCAGAAUGCCCGAGCCUUGAAAAUCAAGCUGACUAAUAAACACUUUCCCUGCCUCACAGUUUCUAUAGAGCUGUUAUCCGUGUCAAGCAGUAGUCGUGUUGUGACACAUGACAUCCCUGUAAAGAUUAUUCCUAGAAAACUGUGGAAAGACUUACAAGAACCGACGGUCCCAGACGCUGACGUUAGUAUUUAUUUACCAGUCUUGAAGACUAUGAAGAGCAUUGUGGAGAAGAUGAAAAACAUCAGCAAUCACCUUAUUAUUGAAGCAAACCUAAAUGGAGAAUUGAACUUGAAAAUAGAAACUGAACUAGUGUGUGUUACAACUCAUUUUAAAGAUCUUGGAAAUCCUCCACUAGCUUCUGAAAAUGCUUCUCAAGAUAGAAACUCAGAACAAAUGGCUCAAGUGCACAUAGACAUUAGGAAGCUCCUACAGUUCCUUGCUGGACAACAAGUAAAUCCUACAAAGGCCACAUGCAAUAUUGUGAAGAACAAGAUUGUUCAUUUUGACCUGCUCCAUGAAGACGUCUCCCUGCAGUAUUUCAUCCCAGCAUUGUCGUAACCCCACCUACGGUAUCGGGGAGCUCAGGGACCUUGUUCUGGACCCGAAGAGGCCGUAGGGUGAUGUGUUCUAAGUCAUUUGUCUCUGUCCCCAUAGCAGUGGAAUCCUAUGUAUUUUUACUUUUUUUUCCCUUCUAUAAUAUUUU